ACUCACCUGCGCUGAGCGUUCUAGCCACUGAUCCCCUUGCUCCCGCGUCUGGCCCAGGCUCACCCUCGAGGUCACCUCGCUCCCGUCUCCGGGAUGGCGGGGGCGCUAUGACACCUGGGCGGCCGGAGAGCGGCCAAGGCUCGGCUGGUCCUGAGGAGGGAAAGCUGUGAGCCCGGCGGCGCGGCAGGUGCGGCCCCUUGGCGCCGCGGGAGGGGGUGAAGAGCGCAGGCGCUUCCGGGAGCGGGAGCCCUGCGGCCGGAGCGCCUCUCCUCGCCGGGUCUGCACCGCCGGCGUCUGAGGAAGACCGACGGGGCCCCGCCCGCGGGCGCCAUGCGGACGCCGCCUGGGGCUGCUUCGCUGCGGCUCCUGCUGCUGCCGCUGCUGCUGCUGCCCGCGGUCCGCCCCUGGCCCUGGCGGAGCAGAGGACUGAAGUGCGGAAUUCGUGCAGUUGAUUUGAAAAGUACGGAAACUAUCUUGGAAUCGGGGUUCUUCUCUAGAAUUAGUUGGGGAAAUUCAACAGUUGGUGGACACCCGUGGCAGGUCUCCCUGAAAUUAGGUAGGCAGCACUUCUGUGGAGGAAGCUUGAUUCAAGAUGAUCUGGUGGUUACAGCAGGACACUGCCUGGCUAGCCUCGAUGAAUUUUUGUUUGGUUUUAGGAAACAAAUUAAGCAUCUGACUGUGACUGCUGGGGAGUAUAACCUCUUUCAGAAGGAUAAGGAGGAACAGAAAAUUCCUGUCUCAGAAAUUAUUAUCCAUCCCAAAUACAACAGACUUGGAUAUAUGAGUUUUGAUAUUGCACUGCUAUAUCUAAAACACAAAGCCAACUUUGGAACUACUGUUCAGCAGAUCUCUAUUCCCCAUAGAGGUGAUACAUUUGAAGAAGGGAUUUUUUGCAUGGCCAGUGGAUGGGGCAAGAUUUCAGAGACAGCAGAAUAUUCAAAUGUCCUACAGGAAGUGGAACUUCCCAUCAUGGAUGACAGAACAUGUAAAACUAUGCUCAAGGGUAUGAACCUUCCUCCCCUGGGAAGGACCAUGUCGUGUGCUGGUUUUCCUGAUGGGGAAAAGGAUGCCUGCCAGGGGGACUCUGGAGGUCCACUUGUUUGUAGAAGAGACGAUGGAAACUGGGUUCUUGCUGGGAUAACUUCCUGGGGAGCUGGUUGUGCUAGAGGCUGGAAUCCUUUCAGAAAUAACCAUAGAAGGGCAUCACCUGGCAUUUUUUCCAAGGUGUUUGAGUUAAUGGAUUUUGUCACUCAGACCAUGACAGAUUGUAGACCUCAGGGAACAGUGUUAUUUGGAGAAAAUGGGAAGAUUCGUUAUCCCCAUUCGAAAGAGAGCAACCAUUCUCAUAAUCGCUUAUGUAUCUGGAAAAUAAUGGUACCAGAAAAUAAAAUUAUCCUAAUAAAAUUUACAAGCUUAGACAUAGAAAAUCAAGUUGAAUGUGACCAUGACUAUGUAUCUUUACAAUCAAGCAGUGGAGUGCUUAUUAGUAAGGUCUGUGGAAAUAUAUUGCCCUCACCAUUGCUGACAGAGACCAAUGAGGCCACAGUUACCUUUGUUUCUGAUACAGACAACAGUGGCAGCAGCUUUGAGCUUACCUUUACUGCUAUACGGAAGAACUCAGAAGCAGCAAAGUUCCCUAAAACUUUUACAGCUAAGCUUUGUGAAAUCUUGAACCCUACUCGGGUAUUCAGUCCUGGUAACAUGAUGGUGAUUCAUUUUAAAAGUGAUGGUGAAAAGAAUUUCCAACGCUUCAAGGCUAGAUUCAGCAUUUUACCCUCAGUCUCUUUAAACAAAAUUGGAUCAACAUCAUCUUCCAAAAGCAAUGCUGUAUCUUCUACAAAAGAUAUUCCAUACGGUGUCUGUGGCAUCCCUCCAUUUAGUCCCCAGUGGCUUUCCAGGAGAAUUGCAGGAGGGGAAGAAGCCUGCCCCCACUGCUGGCCGUGGCAGGUGGGUUUGAGGUUUCUAGGCAAUCACCAGUGUGGAGGUGCCAUCAUCAGCUCUAUUUGGAUUCUGACUGCAGCCCAUUGUGUGCAAUCGAAAAAUAAUCCACUCUUGUGGACCAUUGUUGCUGGAGACCAUGACAGAACCUUGAAGGAACCAACUGAGCAGGUGAGAAGGGCAAAACACAUCGUGGUGCACGAAGACUUUGACAGACUGACCUUUGACUCUGACAUCGCCCUAAUACAGCUGAGCUCUGCUCUGGAGUUCAACUCAGUGGUGAGGCCAGUGUGUCUCCCGCACAGCACGGAACCUCUGUUUUCCUCUGAGAUCUGUGUUGUGACUGGAUGGGGAAGCGUUAGUGAAGAUGGUGGCCUAGCGAGUUGCUUACAGCAGAUUCAAGUGUCUGUGUUAGAAAGAGAGGUCUGCGAACGCACUUACUAUUCUGCCCAUCCAGGAGGGAUUACAGAGAAGAUGAUCUGUGCUGGCUUUGCAGCAUCUGGACGGAAAGAUGUGGGUCAGGGAGAUUCUGGUGGGCCAUUAGUAUGUAAACAUGAAAAAGCUCCCUUUGUCCUCUAUGGCAUUGUCAGCUGGGGAGCCGGCUGUCCCCAGCCAAGGAAGCCAGGCGUAUUUGCCAGGGUGAGUGUCUUCUUGGACUGGAUUCAAUCCAAAAUCAAAGAUGCAGGUCCUGUUUUACUUCAGAUAAAUAAAGAAAGCAAAAUCUUAACAAGACAACAAUUGCCACCACCCACACCUUCAAGAGACAGUGCAUCUGGGCCAGGCUGUUACUCUGAAGUGGAACUGGAAGAGCCCAGAGGCUUUUUUUCCUCUCCAAGAUAUCCACUGGAUUAUAGAGGAAAACUGGAAUGUUCUUGGGUGCUCAGAGUUUCACCAAGCAGUAUGGCAAAAUUUACGGUUGAGUAUCUGUCACUCCCUGGGUCUCAUGUGUGUCGCGAUUCAGUUCUGACUAUUUAUGAAGAAAACCACAAUGAGAGAAGGAUGUCAGGUGAAUUAUGUGGGAGAAGGCUUUACCCAAUGAUUUUCAUGAGCUCUGGACCACUGGUGAGGGUGACACUUCAUUCCCGUGUGCAAGGUGCUUUUGCCAUAAAUUAUAUUGUCUUUAGAGUCCAAGGUCCAAAGGGCAGUAAAACUACCAAAUUUCUUCAGAGUUCAAACCAAGAGCAUGUGACCACUUGUGACGAUGUUAUUCUGACCAAACCAACAGGAAUCAUAGAAAUCCCAAGAUAUUUUCACAGAACCACUAUGAGCUGCCACUGGAGAUUAUUAGCCCCUUUAAAUCACAUCAUUCGCCUUGAUAUUGUCAACUUCCAGAUGCAACCAAUGCCCUUGGCCUGUCAGGGUCACCUGUGGGUUUACGAAGGAUUUGGAUCAGGCAAAAAAUUAAUAGGAGAUCUAUGUGAAGGAGAUUCACCUUCAUUAAAAUCUCAUGGUCCUCUUAUGAUGUUGAUUUUCACAUACAAUGUCAGUUUGGCCAUGGAAAAAUUUUCUUUGAGAUAUUCUUUUCAUAUGUCUGAUUCUGUGAAAGGAAAAAUUAAAGUUAAUGGUAAAGAGGAGAAAGGAGGAUGUCCAGUAUUGGAUUUGAUUCCAGUUAGUUCUAUUGAGAUCACAUCUCCCAAUUAUCCUAACAUUUAUCCUAACAUGCUGAACUGCACUUGGACUUUUUAUUCUAUGUCAGGAAAUAAAAUGAAGGCAGUGAUUAAAGGCUUUAUAACAGAAGAAUCUUGGAACUGUGAAUGGGAUUACUUCAAUAUUUAUGACGGACCAGAUCAGCAAUCAAGAUUACUUGCUCAUUUAUGUGGCUCCAAGAAAGAAUUUGUCUUGAUAUCCAGUGGUGCUUACCUAACUGUGAAUUUUAAGACUGAUGAAUCUGUGGGAGAAAGAGGUUUUAAACUUAUUUUGGAAGAUAUGACUCAGAAGCAAUCACAGAAAAGCAAUAUUGGGAUCCAACUGCCUAUUAAUGGGCUAACAGUAGAAAACAAUACCAGAAGACAGCCAGCCCAAGACAAAUGUGGAAUUCCUGUUGUUGACCCAUUUCUCAUGGAAGGAUCUGAGAGGAAUACAAACGUGUUGCCAGCCAAGCUUGGGAAGCCCAGGGUGGUUGGUGGCCAUGCCGCCCCUGCGAUGUCGUGGCCCUGGCUGGUCAGUCUGCAGUACCAAGGACAGCAUUACUGUGGAGGUGCUCUGAUUGGGAGACAGUGGGUCCUGACAGCGGCACACUGCAACUUCAGUACUGUCACAGACAACCUGGUAAUAGGAAGAAGUUACCUGUGGAAUACAGGAAAUAGAGAUUUGAUACCAGUGAAAGCUGUAUACACUCACCCCAGCUUCACACAAUUUCCUCCCAAUGAUGAUCUAUGCUUGUUGCAUCUGGAAAACCCUGUUGAACUAGGAAAGUUUGUAUCUCCAAUCUGUUUGCCAGGGAAAGAUGAUAAAAUAAAUUUACUUUCCAAAUGUAUGACUGCUGGAUGGGGAAUAACUGAACCUCAUCAAGAUGAAUUUCCUAAAACGGUGCAGCAGGCAAAGGUACCACUGAUUAGUAGUACAUCUUGUCGAAGCUACUGGGGACUGGAUAUUAAAAACACCAAUAUAUGCGGAGGGGCUGCAGGAUCAUCCUCCUGUAUGGGAGAUUCUGGAGGACCACUGCAGUGUGCCCAGGAUGGGCAGUACAAGCUCAUCGGUAUUGUGAGCUGGGGCAGCAGUAACUGCCAUCCUGCCGCACCAACGGUCUUCACCAGAAUUUCUGCUUAUAGAGACUGGAUCACAUCUGUCACUGGAGGAGAAGCAUGAUCACUGGAAGAGCAGCAUGGUGGAACUGUGUUCCUAAGUGGGAAAGGAAAUACAUGACUGCCUACCUGAAAAAUAUGUCUCUUGUCAUUGCUAAAAAACUCAAUGUCACUUCCCCCAACCCUUGUCAUUGAGGAGCUUGGAUUUGGUGUGUACAUACAUUCAAUAUUAAACAUCGGUCACAGAAA